GAGAGAGAGAGAGAGAGAGAGAGAGAGAGAGAGAGAGAGAGAAUACUGACUGGGUAAGUGAAUGAGUGAGUGAGUGAGUGAGUGAUUGUGUGAGUGAGAGAGUGAAUGUGGGUGAGUGUGUGUAAGUAAAUGAGUGAGUGAGUGAGUGAGUGUGUGAGCGCGUGGCCAGACGCUGCGCUGCGCUCUCUCCCUCUAUCAUUGGUGAGUUGGAGGCGCGUUAUUGGCCAACACGCCCCGCUGAGGUGCGCAUAAGUGCCGAUCGCCAGCGGUGAGGCUGCGCCACGCUCUACGCGCGCUCACAGGGAGCCAAACUCAGGCGCACCGGCACGCACGCGCGCUCGCACACGUACUCACUCACACAGGGGGAGAGUGAGAGAGAAAUAGUGGGGAAUAGGAAAAAGAAGGAGAGAAAGAGUGAGGGAGAGAGAGCGCUGCGCUCGGAGGCGAUGGACGGCGCGCGCUUCUCCUCAGCGGGAGCGCCCGGCUCCCUUCCGCCACCGCGCGGCCCCGCGUGCUCCAUCACCGCCGCUGCCGUAAAGCCGCUGGCCUUCUCCAUUGAACGGAUCAUGGCGCGCAGCCCGGAGCCGCGCUCGAUGCCGUUGUUCCCGGCGCGCGCCUCUCCCCCCGCGCUGCGCUGCGUGCUGCCGCUUGUGCCCCUCGCCUAUGAGGCCGCGCACGGGCUCGAGCUCGGUGGCGGCGGCGCUCUGCACGCGCCUACCUCUCAAACAUUCUCCCAGCACCACCAUCACCACCACCACCAGCAGCAGCACGCGCACGUGCACGCGCCCGGCGGUGGCGAACUGAUGGGCUACAAACACGAGCACAGCCACUACAAACUGUUCCGGCCGCGCGUGCUCAGUCCGGUCACGGCGCACGCCUUGCAAGGCGCCGCGCGCUACGUGAGUUGUGCGGCGGAAGGCGCGUGCGCGCCCGCUGCUGCUGCGGCGGCGGGGCUGCUCGGGCUACAUCCAGUGGCCUCGUACUUUCUGAACGGACCGCUGCAGAAGGCCGCGUGGGUGGAGAAGGCGCGCGCGGGAGCCGAGAGCGCGCACCUGCUCACAGAGAAACUCCUGAAGAACUCGGCCAAGAUCGGCGGGGCGCCUCACAGCAAACCCAAAGUGUUUACCUGCGAAGUGUGCGGCAAGGUGUUUAAUGCACAUUAUAAUUUGACACGCCACAUGCCCGUGCACACCGGCGCCAGACCGUUCGUGUGUAAAGUGUGCGGCAAAGGAUUUCGCCAGGCGAGCACUCUCUGCCGACACAAAAUUAUACACACUCAGGAAAAGCCUCAUAAAUGCACUCAGUGUGGGAAAGCGUUUAACCGGAGCUCCACUCUCAACACACACGCGCGCAUACACGCCGGAUACAAACCGUUUGUGUGCGAGUUCUGCGGGAAGGGCUUUCACCAAAAAGGCAACUAUAAAAAUCAUAAACUGACCCACAGCGGAGAGAAACAGUUUAAGUGCAAUAUCUGCAACAAGGCCUUCCACCAGGUGUACAACCUCACCUUCCACAUGCACACACACAACGACAAGAAGCCCUUCACCUGCCCCACGUGCGGCAAGGGCUUCUGCAGAAACUUUGAUCUUAAAAAACACAUCCGGAAACUGCACGACGUUUCCCCAGGACCACCCUCACCGCCCACCCCUACUGCCGCCCACACACAGUGAGCUUCAUUCAGCACUGCCCGCGCGCCCGCGCCCUGGACCUACUGCAUCAUCAUCAUUAUUAUCAUCAUCAUCAUCUGCCGCAUCCUCAUCUUCUUCGCUCUUAAAAAUAAAGGCGCCAAUUUUUUUCUCUUACUGUUUUUGGAGUAAUGCCAUAAAAGAACCACAUUUGGUUCUCUUUUGGUUUUUGUUCUGUUUAAAGAACAGUCCAGAACCGUUUGGGACCCUUUAUUUUUAAGAGUGCACAACGCCUGCUCCACCUUCUUCUGCUUUUGGCAUUAUCCUGCGCGCGACCACCGUGCGUGACCCCAACACAGCGGCUUUUAGGGGGUUUAAUACGUUUUUUUCUUUCACAACCUUCCUUUCACUCUCAGGGUUUAAUCUAAGUUGUACAUUUUAUUAUAUUAUACGUUUUAUUUAUUUGCCAUUGCAAUGAUGUCGUUAAGUUAUAGAGAGUGAACUCUGAUAUACAGGAAAAAUACUGCUGUGUACAUUUCCGCAUUUUGUACAAAGUGUUUCUUAUUUAUAGUCCAUUUUUGUUGUUGUUAAAUCAGCGUGAAUUAUGCAAGGGUUUGUUGUAAAUAAUUACCACUGACACCAGAUUUCUCAUUAAACCCAUAGAUUAUAAAUCACUAUAAGAAGGGGAAAUACAGUAAAAUAAAGUAUGGUUUAUGUUGAAGCGUUUCCAACUCGACGUUCGAGGCAUGUCGUUCAGCCUGUUCUGCUGCUGCCUAAAGGCGUUUCGGACCCCAGUAAUGGAGGAGUAAUGGGACUUGUGCCUAAUGAGAAAAUGAACUAUAAUUAGGGAGCGGAGAUAAACAUUGUGGAUGGAUGGGCUGCUGCUGGUGGUGGUGGGAGGGAGGGUGUGAGGACCACCACGUCUCAGCUCACGUCCCUGUGAGUGCGAAGGGUGAGUGAUUUUCCCCUCUGUACACGUAAAGGAUCAGUGAAAUGUGUAACGUCUAAAGAAAGGCCUAUGCAGAAGUGUGGAAAGUGCCCCUAGAGAAGUGCAUUAAGGUCUAUGCAAUGCCAACCAUUUAUUACUGUGACUGUAUUACUGUUUCAGUACAGCUAAUUUAAAUAAACUGAUCACUGUCAGUAACACAA